AUGAAGAUCUUCGCAACUUUGGCCAGCUUGCUGGUUGCAGGAGCAUUCGCUGCGCCAGUUGCAGAAGCAGAGGCAGAGGCAGAGACUUCCCCCAACCCAGACCUCGUGGCUCGUGGCCCUGGUGGCACCAACUACGUCCAGAACUACAACAGCAACCUCGGCUCCUUCACAUACAAUCUGAAUGCCGGUACUUACUCGAUGUACUGGGACAAUGGCGUGAACGGGGAUUUUGUUGUCGGCAUUGGCUGGAGCACAGGCGCUGCUCGCGCCAUCACCUACUCCGCCACCUACAGUGCUGCCAGCUCCGGGUCAUACCUCGCCGUGUACGGCUGGAUCAACAGCCCCCAGACCGAAUACUAUAUCGUCGAGAACUACGGCAGCUACAACCCCUGCACUGGUCUCCAGUCUCUCGGCACCGUCUCGUCUGACGGAGGGACCUACAACGUCUGCAAGGGCACCCGCACCAACCAGCCAUCCAUCACGGGCACCAGCACUUUCACGCAGUACUUCUCCGUCCGCCAGAGCAAGCGCUCGUCUGGCACGGUCACCACCAGCAAUCACUUUGCGUUCUGGGCCAAGUCUGGGUUCAAGGCCUCCAACUUCAACUUCCAGGUCAUGGCGGUGGAAGCUUUCAACGGCAAGGGCCACGCUACUGUGUCUGUGUCCUAG